UGGGGAUGGUGGCGAGUGCCCCCCGAGUGAGGCGACACCUGGGGCCGGGGCGCGCGUGAGGCCCGCCCGCCGCCCGGUCCCGACACACCAGACACGCGGGAGCGGGCCAGGGGUGCGAACGCGCGCCGCCAUCGCGGGGGCUCCGCCCGGGACGCGGCAGGAGCGUCCCUGGGUGCCUGCGCAGCUGGGUCUGAUGAGCCCGGCCCAGAGGGCCUCACCUCCACCUCCUUGCUGGACCUCCUGCUGCCCACUGGCCUGGAGCCCCUGGACUCAGAGGAGCCCAGUGAGGCCAUGGGCCUGGGAGCCGGCCUGGGAGCCCCUGGCUCGGGCUUCCCCAGCGAAGAGAGCGAAGAGUCUCGGAUCCUGCAGCCCCCGCAGUACUUCUGGGAGGAAGAGGAGGAGCUGAACGACUCCAGCCUGGACCUGGGUCCCACUGCAGAUUACGUCUUCCCAGACCUCACCGAGAAGGCAGGUUCCGUGGAAGACGGUGGCCAGGCCCAAGAGCUACCGAGCCUCCCCUCGGGCUUGCCCAAGAUGAAUCUCGUUGAGCCCCCCUGGAGUAUGCCUCCUGAAGAGGAGGAGGAGGAGGAGGAGGAGGAGGAGAGGGAAAAGGAAGAGGAGGAGGAGGAGGAGGAGGAGGAGGAAGAGCUGCUUCCCGUGAGCGGCUCCCAAGAAGAAGCCAAGACUCCUACCCACGACGCUCCUCCCACCAGCAGCCGCCAGACACCAGGGGCCACCACACCCAGGCCCGAAGGCCCCGGGGACCAGGCCUCGUCAGGCGCGGAGGUGGAGAACAGCGUGGAACCCAGCCUGUCACCACCCUCUGUGACCCCGAGUUCACUGACCCUGGGGGAUCGGGACUUCACCAGCCAGGAGGCAGGGGCCACGAUGCUGCCAGCUGCGGGGCUUGGGGUGGAGUUUGAGGCUCCCCCAGAAGCCGCGGAGGAGGCCACUGUGGGGGCAGCUGGGAUGGCUGGCAGGCCAGGGGCAGAGCUGGCCUCGGCGCCGUUCCCUCAUACCGGAGCUCCCAGUGGGGCUGAGGCCCUCGAUGAAGGUCACCCUCACCCGAGGACCCCAGCCUCUUUCCCACUGGCCCCCCGAGAUGUGGAGCCCACGCCCUCCUCUGCUUCCUCGGGCCCAGAAGAUCUCAGCCAGCAGCCGCAGCCGCAGCCAGGGCAGGCGGUGGAAGCGCCAUCCAGAAUACCCUGGGACUCCACUCAGGUGAUCUGCAAGGACUGGAGCAAUCUGGCUGGGAAGAGCUACAUCAUCCUGAACAUGACUGAGAACAUAGACUGCGAGGUGUUCCGGCAGCACCGGGGCCUGCAGCUGCUGGCCCUGGUGGAGGAGGUGCUGCCACGUCACGGCAGCGGCCACCACGGGGACUGGCACAUCUCCCUGAGCAAGCCCAGCGAGAAGGAGCAGCACCUUCUGAUGACGCUGGUGGGCGAGCAGGGGGUGGUGCCCACGCAAGAUGUCCUUUCCAUGCUGGGCGACAUCCGCAGGAGGCUGGAGGAGAUUGGCAUCCAGAACUAUUCCACCACGAGCAGCUGCCAGGCACGGGCCAGCCAGGUGCGCAGUGACUACGGGACGCUCUUUGUGGUGCUGGUGGUCAUCGGCGCCAUCUGCCUCCUCAUCAUCGCGCUCGGGCUGCUCUACAACUGCUGGCAGCGCCGCCUGCCCAAGCUCAAGCACGUGGUGAGCGUCCGCGCGCGCCGGAGGGGGGCGGGAGGCCAGGAUGCCGGGAGAGCCAGCCAGUUCACGGAGAUGAUGCUCAGCUGUGUGGGGCCGCCCUCAGGGCCAGCAGCGGAGUCGCACGGCGAGGAGCUGCGCUUCGUGGAGAGCGGCUGCCACGACAACCCCACGCUGGACGUGGCCAGCGACAGCCAGUCGGAGAUGCAGGAGAAGCCGGCCAGCCUCAACGGCGGCGCCACCGUCAACGGCCCGGGCAGCUGGAGCGCGCUCAUGGGGGGCAAGCGGGACCCCGAGGACUCGGACGUGUUCGAGGAGGACACGCACCUGUGAGCGUGGCCGCGUGGGGCGGACUCGGAAGUGGACCGCAGCCGCCCUGCGGCCCCAGCCUGGCUGUCGGCGCGGGGCUUCUCCUCGCCUCCCCGACUUCACCGAGCGCUCUUGGCACAGCUCACCCCACCUCCCGCCCCCGGAGCGGGUCUCGGACCCGGCCCCCGGCCCCCUGCGGCAGCCGCUCGGAGCGGCUCCGCUUCCCGGCCCCGUGAGCCCCGGCACCGCGGGCGGCGGGCCGGCGCUCCCCGCGCCCCGGGACUCCAUUAAACCCUCCCGGAGACCCGCCGGGGCCAGCCCGUC